CCACCUCGGGAGGAAAAGCAGGGGAAGCCCCGGCGCCCGGCGGCCCCAGGCGGUGGAGCGCAGAGGACACGGCCGUCCGGUCACCGCGCCCGUCCAGCUUCGGGCCGAGUGGGUCCCACCCUGCCGAGCGCGCGUCUAGCGGCCGGGAGCCUCGCGGCGGCCUCCAGCGCCCAGCCCCGGGGAAUGCGGCGGCCCUCGGCCCCUGGUGCCCCUCGGUGUCUCGGCUGGGCCUCCUCACUCCUCUGUUCCGCCGCCUCGACGCUCCCGGGCCCCCUGAUGGCGGCGAAGUGGUUCAAGGAGUUCCCGCUUACUCUGAAGACCGCGUCGGAGCGCGCCCGGCCCGGGGGCACCGGCGGCAAGCCGCGCAAGAACUCGGAGACCGGCGGCGCGGCGCCCACCCCGGGCAAGGGCCGCAAGAACUCAGCGGCCGAGCUGGGGAGCAGCAGAGCGGGCAGCGGACCCCCGAAGGACAGUCGGCUGUCCCGGGACAGCCUGCAGGGUCUGAUCCAGGCCGCUGCUGGCAAAGGCCGUAAGAACUCACGGGUCACGGCCACCACCACAGUCACCGCCACCGAGGAGGAGCCCCACAGGGGCGCGGUGGCCAAGAGCGCGGGCUGCAGCACCUACAUCAGCAGGCUCAUCAAGGUGGACACGCAGGAGAAGAACAACGGUAAGAGCGCCUACUCGGGCGGUGGCAGCACCAGCAGCUCCAGCAGCUCCUCUUCCUCUGCGUCCUCUUCGCCGUCCUCCCUGGGCCCCGAGCUGGACAAGGCCAAGAUAAUGAGGCAGCAAGACACGGUCAUCAUUUUAGAGGACUACGCUGACCCAUAUGACGCCAAACGGACCAAAGGUCAAAGGGAUGCCGAGAGAGUGGGUGAGAACGACGGCUACAUGGAACCGUACGAUGCCCAGCAGAUGAUAACAGAAAUCAGACGCCGUGGUUCCAAAGAUCCGCUGGUGAAGGCCCUCCAGCUGCUUGACGGCCCGUGUGAGCCAGGGGAGACCAUGAAGGCGGAGGCCACAGCCAAGAGACGCGGCUCCAAGGACCUGCUGGGGAAGCCGCCACAACUCUACGACACCCCCUACGAGCCCUCGGAGGGUGGCCAACGCGCAGCAGAGGUGAAGGCGCGGCCAGCCGACAGCAGGCUGCCAGAGGCGGACGAUCGGCCCGCUGCUGAGUACGAGCAGCCCUGGGAGUGGAAGAAGGAGCAGAUCGCUCGAGCUCUGUCAGUCCAGUUUGAGGGAUCUGAUCGACCUCCGGGCAGAGAGGAGGCCGGGAGACCGCACCACUGGCAGAAGACCUUGAGGCCGACCCUGUCAGACCACGGUGAUGGCGAGAAGGUGGACCCAGGUCUGGCCCUGGAAAAGCAACCUUGGUAUCACGGCUCCAUCAGCCGAGCUGAGGCUGAGAGCCGACUACAGCCCUGCAGAGAAGCUGCUUACCUGGUGCGGAACAGUGAGUCGGGCAACAGCAAGUAUUCCAUCGCGCUCAAGACUAGUCAAGGGUGUGUCCACAUCAUAGUGGCUCAGACAAAAGACAACAAAUACACACUGAACCAGACAAGCGCUGUGUUUGACAGCAUCCCUGAAGUGGUACACUAUUACUCCAAUGCAAAGCUGCCCUUCAAAGGGGCGGAGCACAUGACCCUUCUCCACCCAGUGCACAAGCUGCACUAAGGUCCCAGCAAGGGCCCAGGCUCCCUCGAGGCCGGCAUCAGCACCCGCCAGCAUCACGUGCUCAGGACUCCUGCUGCUGCAGACCAGGAGUUGGCGCCUAGAAGUCAGGCAGUCUGUGGUCUGAAGCCCAGGACACAGUGGUUUCCGAUCUGUUCCUUCUCUCCCUGCCAAGUAGCUCUACCAUGAGGAAGUCCUGCCUGCCUGCCGCCUUCUCCCUUGGACCAGGAGUUCUGUUUGGAGUGUGACCCUUAGGAAAGGCAGAUCUAGAGCCCGGGAGCUCUGAACUUGUCCCUUGGUGCUGUCUGGAGUGCCUGGCCUCUGCACAACGGAGAACCCUGAGGCCUUUAUGAGCGACCACAUGGGCUGGAAGAUCCUUCAGUCUGAGCUCCUUGGGAGGAGGUGGAUGGACGGUGGGAAAUAAGAAGGAGGGACAGAAAAGCUGUCUCUCUCCGUGUCCUAAUGCAGCUGUGGCCGUCUCACAUCAUUCACAACCUGAGGGCUUCACAGACUGUUACCUGGCUGGUCGGCUUUCUAAGUGUUUGCUCUCUUGAUUUCUCUGCACAUUCCGGCCUUCCGCAGGAAAUCAGUACCACGAGCAGAAAUUGGACGGAGGCCCCCAGGUUAAAGUUACCGAUAUAAUCAAGCAGUGUGUCCUUCCUAUAAUUCUGAUUGUUAGUAAGUGUACUCUGAUUUGGUUUCUGAUUUAAAAAAAAAUUCUACAGAGGUCAGCACCUGUUUUGUUAUUGGAUAUUAUAUAACACUUCAGACAGCUUUUCUUUUUGUGUAUUUUUGUUGCAUAAAAUCAUCUUUAAGAUUUCUUCUGAAAUUAGAUUUGCUUUGUAUUUUUGGCAAAAAAAAAUUUUACAACAAAAUUGGGAUCCAAUUGUAUGAACUGAGUCACUGGUCUGAAAAGAUUACCCCGAUGUACUACAGAACAAACAAAUAUGUACCCUACAGAAACAUUUUGAAAGAUAUUAUAGACUGAGGCAGUCUCUGCUGCUCUCUAAGUCACUAA